CGUUGCCUAGGGCACGAAGAGGUCAAGCCGCAAACUACCAUACCUGUUAGGGUAAAAAUCAGGGGGGUAGCAAACGCGAUUACCGACAAUCAGUUUAACAAUCCGGCUAACACAGAGGCGCCAUUACCAUGCAAACCCCUUCAUAGAAGAGAACGACUUCUUUUGUGGACUACUGACACCAAACCUUUACCCCGAAUCGCCCAAGGACUUCAUAUACACACCAGAAUAUCGCCUGAUGAUUUGAAAAGAUGGCCACCUCGCCUCGCGGAGGGAUAAAGCUGUACUACUGCCCACGUUGUGGGAAGGGAUUCGCCAGUAAAACGGCAACCUUACAACACCUCAGAGGGAAGCAUGAGGGGUGUGUGCAGUGUGACAGGUGCGGGAAGGAGGUCAAACGUACUCUGAUGAAGCAACAUCUUAAAGAAGCCCACGUCACUGAAGAUAUCAAGGCAUCAGAGGACAAAUCACGACCAAACCGCGGGGAGGCGCCCGCGUACUUCGUGGCGUCUCAGACGAGCGUGACGUGCAGAAUGUGCGCGCAGAGUUUCGGGUCCGUGCACAGCAGAGAACAGCAUGAGAGGGAGGUGCAUCUCUUCAACACAAGCCUGAGAGGAGCUCUGGCCUUACGGAUGACCAACGACAACUUCCUGGACACCGUCCGGCCGUCCGGACUGUCCGAGUACGUCCGGUCAUCCCUGCAGCUGCCGUUUGACGGAGACAUGGGGUGUGCGCAGGAACUGGACAAGCUCUUCUACUUCCUGAAACACAAACUCCCGUUUCAAGUGCACAGAAUCGUCAGGGGUGGUUCGUACAUCAAAGGCACUGACCUGGCCAGCAGAUGUGAUGUGGACUUUGUCCUGUUUGUGAAGGGUUCCAGUCUGCACGACCAGAUCACAAGUCUCAGGGAACAUCAGAAGGACUCGAGAAACGUCUUACACAACAUACAGGUGAGUCUGAAGAAGUCUGACAUGGCGAACCAGAUCCUGAUGGAGGACAGCACGCCGUUCGCGAUCAGGUUCCAGUUCAAGUGUUACAAGAACAGGCACAUGCACCUGGUGGACGUCAUGCCGAGUUUCGACACGCUAGGGCCAAGUCCUUCCAAAGAGACGAGAAGAAUACUCUACAGACAGAUAGAAGCUACGAAAGACCCUCCCGAUCGGCAGCACUUCUCGGUGUCCCUGAUGCAGCUUCAGGUCCAGUUUGUAAAAGUCCGGCCGGCAUGUGUGAAGGACCUCAUCCGCCUGGUCAAGCACUGGAAACUCACGUCAUUCGCGCCACCUUCGGCGGACAACAGCUACAGGAGAUUGCCGUCUUCCUACACGCUGGAGCUAAUCACGAUCCACGUCUGGGAGCGGGCGGGCCACCCCAUCAACUUCUCCCUGGCGCAGGCUUUCCGUGCUGUGCUGCAACAACUCGUCAGUUAUCGCGAGAUUUGCCUCGCCUGGUUCGACAACUACGAACGGUCAUGGCCUGUCGUUCAGAAGAUUCUGAAAAGACCAAGGCCUGUUGUACUCGAUCCUGCCAACCCUACAAACAACCUGUGUGAGACGAGUAACGGGUGGGAUGAGGUGGCGCAUGUCGCCAGGCACAGUCUGCUCAAACCUCUCUUUCACGGGCUCAGGACCGAGGAGUGCUGGAAAAUGCCAGAAUCCUCGUCAGGACUGCCUGGCCCCUCUGGUGUGGGGUCUCCCCUCCACAGCAUGCUGCACUUUUUCCCCCAGGGUCACGAGAAACCCCUGAAACAGGCAUUCUACAACACCGCCGCAAACCUCUUCAUACUCUUCGCAAUCGGCGCCGCCGUGGCCGUAUAUUUUGUCCUGGAAGCUUUCCUCCGACCGCUUCUCUGGGCCGUACUUUGCGGUACAUUCCUCUACCCUUUCAAAUACCAGAUCACCAACUUUGUCCAGGGUUGGCUGCAGAGUUUGAGCGACUCGGACACCCCGCUUGCGGUGGGGGUGGCCAUCUUGCCGCUCACGGCGGUGAACUACUCGGCUAACCUGCUAGGGGGCCUCGCUUCGAGGAAGUGGAAGCUCAUCCUUGGGGUGGCUUUUGGGAUGCCGGCAGUGUACUUCUUGUAUUACUUUGGCCCGCUGGAGAAGAUGCUGCUUGCUGUGCAGGGGUUGGUCCAUGCAGUGUACCACAUGUUGGGAUACUUCAGUGCUAUCUGGGUAUGGACGACAGUCAUCGCGUAUCUUGUGGCUGUUGUGUUCUGGUGGAAACCGGGAACAAGCACGGCACUCAAAGUGCUCUCCAUCCCGGUGUGGGCAGUGCUGCUGCUCCACCUAGCAACCGUUGCCGGACCCUUCAGGGUCCCCCUGUUUGUCGCCGUGGUUACCAUCAUGGUGGUGGGGUUUGUGGCAGAGUUGAGGGCAGGAGCUACAGCUGAUAUUCUAGGUAACCUAGUGAGCACCACCAUGUUUGAACAGAGCGACAGCGAAACAUCGCCUCAGAAACAGCCACCCGCGGCGGAGACCAUCCGUCCGUCGUCUUUCCCGGACACGCCCAAACGGCAGAGCAAGUCCUCGCUGGAAUCCACGCUGGCGAGGAAGAAGGCAAAGCAGAUGCCGUUCAGUACCACGUGUAUCCUGUGGUUGGUGUACGCUAUUGUGGUGGUGCGACUAUGGAUGAACCUAUGGAUACUGGAGCUCUUACCCAUUCCACUUAGUGUGUUGCUGUUCAAGAAGAUAGCUGUCCAAGUCAGCACAUGGGAGCUGUUCCAGACUAAACUACAGCAGCACAAGCAGACAGCUAAAGAGUGGCUGUCAGUCCGGCGAGAGGCCCUGGCACCAAAACCUAUCCGGGGGCUCUGGAAACUCUUCUUACAGGGGGAUAAAAAGAUUUCCAACAUGUUGGAGAAGUCACUAAAUGCCCUGACCAGUACAUUUGUCAUCCUCCUACUGUUAGUGGGUACAACGCUCCUCACUAUACUACUCGCUAUCCAGGUUCACAAGGAGAGUGUACAUCUAGUGAAUGUGACCAGUAAUGUACUGAACGAGACUUUACAUCCAGACAUCAAUGAAUGGCUGUCAGACAGUGGAGGUAUAAAAACUACCAUGGACUCCAUGAUGGACAACGCCUAUGUGUAUGGGAGAGAGUGGAUUGCAGCAAAGAUCAACGAUGGGCUGUCAGGGCAGCCGGUGGAUAAAAAGCUGAUCAAGCGACAAGUUCUGGAGAUCUGGGAUCGACUGUACCAUACCUGGCUGGCCAAAAAUACUACAGUUGUGUCCAGUAAACUGUCCAAACACGGGAACAUGACCAGUAGUCUGAUGAGUGUCUGGCAUGGUGUCAGUCAUCUGGGGCUGUCUGAGGUCACUUCGUUUGUACAGGAGAACAUGAGCACACUCAUGUCUGUUCUUGAGUCCAUCUGGUCCGUAUUGAAGGGAAAUAUCAACCUGGCCCUGACUAUGGUGACAGCUACAAUAUCUAUUGUGUUCUUCAGUGGGACUGCCAUCCUCAACUUUGUCCUGUCUACUGUUAUUUUCCUGACCACCCUGUUCUAUCUCCUGAGUGUGAGUGAGAACCAGUACAAACCGGUGGAGUGGAUCGUGAACCUGUUCCCUAGUCCUGGACAGGGCGGGUCCACUAACAGACUGGGGCAGACAGUGGAGGAAGCUAUCAGGAGUGUGUUUGGAGCAUCUCUGAAGAUGGCUGUAUUUUACGGCCUCUACACCUGGCUCACACACACUGUAUUUGGGAUCAACAUUGUUUUCAUACCAUCAGCCCUGGCGGCAGUGUUUGCGGCCGUACCGUUCGUGGGUACGUACUGGGCAGCCCUGCCUGCGGUACUGGACCUCUGGUUGGUACAAGACAAGAGUGUCCUGGCCAUCCUACUGGCCGUGUGUCAUCUCAUACCCAUGUCAUUUGUAGACACAGCGAUCUACAGUGAAAUCAAAGGAGGCGGUCACCCGUACCUGACGGGCCUGGCCGUGGCAGGAGGGAUCUACAUCGCGGGUUUGGAGGGAGCUCUGAUUGGUCCCAUCCUGCUGUGUUGCCUGCUGGUGGCCAUGAACGUGUACAGUGGUAUGAUCCAGGGAUCAGGCAUGACUCCCACAUCCGAGCACGGCAUGAGGACACACAGAGGCAUUUCUGUGCCAUUAAAAAGAGCUUUCAGCGAAGCAGACCAACAUUGAUGCAAUACACAUCCACAAGUUAGAAAGAACUGCUUUAAACUCUAGCCAAAUGUUGCAAAGUAACAUAGACAACCAAACAUCUUCUCUGGCCACACUUUGUUGAAGUGAUUACAUUUUCCACUGUUUACAAGUAUAAAAGAGUUAUUAUUAUUCUGGCUCCUUACAUAUUGGGUGGAAUAAAAACUACAAUUUAGUAUAAUUCUAGGAUAGCAUCACGGUAACUGUUACUGCAAUAAUUUUAGAUCAGAGAUUGACCAUGCUUUCAUGAUGAUGUUGCUUUGAUUUGAUUUGAUUUGAUUCUGUG